AUGGAUACUGUCCUCGGUGGUAAACCAAUAUCCUGCGGCGGUGGUGGAUCUGCUCGUGCACCAUGCUUUCAGGAAGCUCGUGGCCCACAAGUAUCCUUGCUAUAUGCAGCCCCCCCCCCUUUUAUCGGUUACGGUUUACCGCAAAUAUGCUCGCGCUGUAAAAUGAAAGGGGUCCGAUCCAUAUCGUCCACAAUUGUCCAUUGGCCAGUGCGGUGCUCCACCAACACCGCCAUGGCCUUCACGAGGUACACAUGUACAGCAUCGAUGAUGCUGGCAGCAUUGCUGCAUCGUGAUGUUAUCCUUGCACGCGCCGCCGUGAAGCCAUUCACCGAGCCGAGCCGCGUACAGUGCUUUCGAGGCCCCCACACGACGCCGCGCCUUGAUGAUAAUCGGCGGCCGCAUUUUCUCGUGAUCAUGCGGUGCGAGCGAGCGCGACGUGGCGAGGUCGACAUCGUCUUGCUUUCACUGGUGGUGUCCGCUCGUGGGAGUAAAGGUUGCCAGGCUUGCCAUCCUUUGAAAAGAGAGAGAGAUACAAACACCGUGAGAGUGACUGUGGCUCUUGCUGGUGAGCUCUGGCUGCCUGCCUUUCCAAUGGACUUCGUGGGCAUGGCACCGCUGGGACCAGGACCAGACCCGCCCGCCGUCCACCAUCAAGUGGUUCGUGACUGCCGCGCUCGUUGCCUGCCUCAGCGCGUGCAGACAAAUCCACGCGGCGGCGGCGGCAUCGACGAGCAGCUCCGCGCGCAUUGUCCGCUCGUGGGUCCGGAUACUCUCGCGCGUGCCCGACCGGCUCUGGCGAUUUUCUCCUCGAGUGGUGGCGGUGGCAGGCGCUGUGGACUCAGCGGCGCCUCAUGCAUGCUCGACCCGACAACGUACAUCUGUUUUGCAUUGAGUCAACGAUUCUUUUUCGCCCCCGCCGAGUCGGUCUCAAGUCAAGUCGCCGAUCAACACGGAGACUUGUACACAUACUGUAAUAACAUGGUGCUCACUAUGACCGAGCGCUGCCUGCCUGCCAUAGAGCACUCGUCGCCGCCUUCCUUCGUGGGGGGCACCUGCAUCGGGUACCGCAUGAUAUACAAAUCCCCGGCCGCAAAGAAGGCAGGCCUGCGAGUCCGCCUCCAAGCGGGCGGGAAUCAAGCAGCACGCGGCAAGUUCAAGUCCUCUUUCGAGCGGGGCUUUCCAGGCAAGUUAGAUAGAGUCUCAGUCGGGCUAAGAAAAUUUGUACAGGUACAUGCUGCACGAAAGAUGCUCGAUGCCGCCAAGUGGCGCGCGCAAGCUGGCACGACAGCCUCUUGA